CCGGCGCCGCCUACCCGAAGCUCGCACCGGUCGAGCGCCGCGCCAACCCGCGUCCAUGCAGCUCCGCAGGCAACCGCUUUACGCUCCCCGGCCGGGGGACACGCGCCCUGCGGCCCAGCGGCUCGCGGUACCGCUGCUACUGCUGCUCGCCCUCCAGGGGGCGGCGGCGUCCGGGGGCCCCGAGGACUCCGGGUGGCUCCAGGACGCGGAGCCCUCGAGCCAGCUCCUCUCGCAGGCGGCGCGCGCGGCGCUGCACUUCUUCAACUUCCGCGCCGCCUCGCCCAGCGCCCUUCAGGUGCUGGCGAAUGUGCUGGACGGCCGCUCGUGGGUUAAUCAGAAGAAGGAAUAUAAAUUUGACCUGGUGUUUACCACAGAAUUCUACAGCGCAGAGGAAGGUGAGAAACGUCUGGGAAAAUGUUCUGCUCAAGUAUUUUUCAGGAAUGAGAAACCCAGACCAGCCAUUAAUGUGACAUGUACUCAGCUCGUUAAGAAGGAGAAGAGACAGGAAGAGGAUUACCAGCUCUACAAGCUCAUGAAACAACUUAAAAGCCCCUUGAACGCAGUCAGCAUUCCUGACAGUCAUGGAUAUAUUGCUCCAUCUCUGAGACCCAUCUGGGACCUAGCUUUUCUGGGCAGCUCUUAUGUGAUGUGGCAGAAGACAACACCAUUUCUACACUACUACAUGUCACAGAUUAGCAGUGUCAAGCAGUGGAAAACAAAUGAUGAUGCAAUUGAUUUUGAUUAUACUGUUCUACUCCAUGAAUUCUCCACACAGGAAAUUAUUCCCUGCCGUAUUCACUUGGUCUGGUACCCCAGCAAACCACUGAAAGUGAAGUACCACUGCCAAGAGCGACAGACACCAGAAGAGGCCUCUGGAACUGAAGAAGGAUCGGCUGUGGCACUGACGGAGCUUAGUAAUUUCUGAAAAGCAAGAAAAAUCUGUCUAGACCACAUUCUAAACAAAAUGACUGUACUCGGCAUUAAAUAGCCUAAAUCAUUAUUCUGGUAAAACAGCCAAGUAUAAGGCAAUCUAAUAAUUUAGGAAAGCCUGUGAUUACAAAUAAAUAUUCAAACAUUAAAAGAUA